UGUGUUUUAAUAUUUUCUUUCAUCGUCAAAAUUCUAAAAACACAAUGUAUAUCAUAUUUAUUUUCUUUGUUUAUAUGGUUUCCGCUUCUAAUCUUGCUCCAAAACUUAGUGAAUCGAUUGCACAAAGAUCACAAGAUGCUGGAACAAGAUUGAAAAUUUUUUGUGCCGUACAAAAAGGUCAAAAACCAUUCGAAUUUGAAUGGUAUAAAAACGAUCAACUAAUUUCGACCAAAUAUCAUAAUCAUAAAUAUCAGAUUGAUUCAGAUGAUGAUACUUCUCAUCUUGCCAUUACUAAUUUGGAUUUGAAUGAUUCGGCCAAUUAUUCCUGUACAGUUCGCAAUGAUCAUGGUUCUGAUUUGCAAACAACCAUAUUAAUUGUUAAAGGUUUGCCUAUGUUUUUCUUUGAUUUCAAAACAAUAUGUGGCGCUUUGUUUGUCAUAUCAAAAUGA